GCCCGCGGAGGGGCGGGGCCACGCGCGGCGGGAAAAUCGGCGCGGAGCGCGGCCCCUCUUCCGGCCCCGGACUGUACUCUGCUCGGUCUAGGUCCCGCCGGGUCCGCGGCCCCCGGCCCUGGGUCCCGCCAUGGCACAGCCCCGUCUCACCGACUUCUUCGCGCGCCGCCGCCCCGGGCCCCGCGCCGCGCCGCCGCGGGCCAAGCCGGCCUGGCGCACCCCGAGCCCCGCCAAGCCGGCACCCCCCACCCCUGCCCGGACCCCGGGAGGCAGCCGCAAGCGCGCCCGUCCGCCCGCCGAGCCCACGCGCGACCACCCCGCGCCGCCCGCGCGCAGGCGGCUGCGGCUACCGGCCGACACGGUCUCGAGCCCCAGUGCCCUGGCUGCCCCAGGCUCCCCAGAGGAGGCCACUCUCUCAGCAGGUCAGCUGCCCUGCUUGGCAGCCCAGGAGGACAAGGCCUCCUCAAAAGUCACACUUUCUGAACUCAAGUCGUGCCUACAGCGGGCACGGGAGCUAGGGGCCCGGGCCCAGGAGCUGAAAGCAAGUGCCCAGAGGAAGGAUGCUGGGGAACCCUGUGUGUUGGAGGACCAGGGGCAGCCAGCAGGGCCAUGCGGACAGAAGGCACCCGCCUACCAGCGCUUCCACGCCUUGGCCCAGCCGGGGCCCCCGGGGCUUGUGCUGCCCUACAAGUACCAGGUGCUGGCCGAGAUGUUCCGCAGCAUGGACACCAUUGUGGGCAUGCUCUACAACCGCUCCGAGACCGCGACCUUUGCCAAGGUUAAGCAGGGCGUCCAGGACAUGAUGCGCAAGCGCUUUGAGGAGCGCAACGUGGGCCAGAUCAGAACCGUGUACCCCGCUUCUUACCGCUUCCGCCAGGAGCGCAACGUCCCCACCUUCAAGGACGGCGUCAAGAGGUCCGAUUACCAGCUUACCAUUGAGCCGCUGCUAGACCAGGAGGCUGGCGGCACGGCUCCCCAGCUCACGGCCUCGCACCUCCUGCGGCGCAGACAGGUCUUCGGCCAGAAUCUGGUGGAGCGCGUCCGGGAGCACCACAGGGCCUUCCUCGCCUCCCUGAACCCGCCCAUGGUGGUGCCUGAGGACCAGCUGACACGUUGGCACCCCCACUUCAAUGUGGACGAAGUGCCUGACAUCGAGCCGGCUGAGCUGCCCCAGCCCCCCACCACGGAGAAGCUGGCCACCGCCCAGGAGGUGCUGGCCCGUGCCCGCAGCCUGAUGUCACCCAGGAUGCAAAAGGCCCUGAGUGACCUGGCUCUGCGUACGGCCAAGUCCGGCAGCCCCGGGUCCCCCGGCCCUGCCCUGCCGGCCACCCCGCCGGCCACCCCGCCUGCCGCCCUGAAGGGGGUGUCCCAGGACCUGCUGGAGCGGAUCCGCUGCAAGCAGGCGCAGAAGCAGCUGGCGCAGAUGACGCGGCAGCCGGAGCAGGAGCGGCGGCUGCAGCGGCUGGAGCGGCUGCCCGAGCUGGCCCGCGUGCUGCGUGGCGUCUUCGUGUCGGAGCGCAAGCCCGCCCUCACCAUGGAGGUGGCCUGCGCCAGGAUGGCGGGCAGCUACCGUGCGGCCCUGAGCCCUGGGGAGAUGGAGAAACACGUACAGCUGCUCUCUGAACUGCUGCCCGACUGGCUCAGCCUCCACCACGUCCGCACCGACACCUAUGUCAAGCUGGACAAGGCUGCUGACCUGGCAGGUGUCCUCGCCCGGCUGGCCCACGUUGCCCGUGCCGAGGCGGCACUGUGAGUCUCGCGGGCCUGGGCUUAGGUCCUUGGCCUGCCGUGUCUCUUUUAUUCCCUUUAGGAACACAAUGCACUUUUCUCCCCCUCCUAACUCCCCACCAGGGUCCCUGGCCAGUGCAGGUGGUGGGCCCACCCUCUUGCAGAAUAUUGUCAUUAAACUGGUUUCUGUUGGUGA